AGGGAAAAAAGAUUGUCCAGAAGUUGCCAAUUGCACUGCAGACCGUCGCGGGGCUGGCUCGGCUGAGCUGGAAGCCAAAAGCAGAGGAUCCCCUUGAAACAGGCGAGAGGGCAAGGAGAGCAGAAGUGAAAUCUGAAACCCAGAAAGAGCUCCGGACAGCCUUUCUUCCUUCUGAAAGUCAGGAUUUGGUACCCUUUGGAAGCGCUGCAUGGCCUUAAGAUAAAGGAGCUUUGGAAGACGAAAGCAAAGGAGCCCAUCUUCCCCUUCCCCCUUGGGCCGGCUGGAUAUAGUGAUGGCUCUUCCAGAGCAGAAACUUUUUCUCCGGAGUUUGCCAUGCCUCCUCCUUGCAGCCGUGAUGGUCACCUGCGACGGGCAAGGUGGGAAGAGGGAGAAUGGAGGGGCUGCCUGUUAUGGAGACUUCGAUUUGUACUUCGUUUUAGACAAAUCAGGAAGUGUCCUACACCACUGGAGUGAAAUCUAUUACUUUGUGGAACAUCUGGCUCACAAAUUUAUAAGCCCCCAGCUGAGGAUGUCUUUUAUCGUUUUCUCAACUAGAGGCAAAAUCCUAAUGGAGCUGACGGAAGAUCGGGAACGAAUCCGUCAAGGCUUAGACGAACUUCAGAAGGUCUUGCCUGGAGGAGACACGUACAUGCAUGAAGGAUUCGAAAGGGCAAGUGAGCAAAUUUACCAUGAAAAUGUUCAAGGUUAUAGGACUGCCAGUGUCAUUAUUGCCCUGACAGAUGGAGAACUACAUGAGGACCUUUUCUUCUAUGCAGAACGAGAGGCUAACCGGUCCCGUGACCUGGGAGCGACAGUGUACUGUGUCGGUGUGAAAGAUUUCAAUGAAACUCAGUUGGCUCGAAUCGCUGACAGCAAGGAUCACGUCUUCCCCGUGAAUGAUGGUUUUGAAGCUCUCCAGGGAAUCAUAGACUCUAUUCUGAAGAAAUCUUGCAUUGAAAUCCUUGCUGCAAAACCUUCCAGUAUUUGUGCAGGCGAGUCCUUCCAAGUUGUGGUGACAGGAAAUGGCUUCCGACAUGCCCGUAACGUGGAUCGAGUCCUCUGCAGCUUCAGAAUCAAUGAGACGGUCACGCUCA